UUGUGUAAAUUUUAAACAAAAAAAUACAAAGGAUCAAAGGAUAAAAAUAUUGGAGAAUAGUUAUUGGAAAAAAAAUAAUCCAAACGCUCUUGUGAAGGGCAAAAACAAGUAAUGUCGCCAAAACGAUGGAUUUUGCUGCUGAUCUUUUACAUAUCAUAUUUAAUGUUUGGUGCUAGCAUCUAUUAUCACAUCGAACAUGGAGAAGAAAGACUUAAACGAGCUGUACAGCUAAAGGAAAGAAUCGAAAUUUACGAGUAUUUGCUGGUAGAACUGGGUAACAGAACUUCAGAAGUACAAAAUGAAAUACUUACAAAAAUCUCGGAUUACUGUGGCAAGCCAGUUACAGAUGCUAACUUGGAUCUUUAUGAAACACCAUAUACUUGGACUUUCUACCAUGCAUUCUUUUUUGCAUUUACCGUAUGCUCAACUGUUGGCUAUGGUAACAUAUCGCCAACAACAACACUGGGUCGCAUGAUAAUGAUUGCAUAUUCAAUGAUUGGUAUUCCAGUUAAUGGUAUAUUAUUUGCUGGACUUGGAGAAUAUUUUGCUAAAACAUUUCGUGCUAUUUAUCGUCGAUAUAAAAAGUACAAAAUGUCUCGCGAUAGCCAUUAUGUACCACCACAGUUGGGUCUUAUUACUACUAUUACUAUAGCCUUAGUACCAGGAAUUACUUUGUUUUUGCUGUUACCGGCUUGGGUUUUCACUUACUUUGAAGGUUGGCCUUAUUCGAUUGCAUUUUAUUACUCAUACGUAACGACUACCACAAUUGGUUUUGGGGACUUUGUGCCGACAUUUAAUCCAAGUCAGCCUCGUGAAUUCGGCGGUUGGUUUGUUGUCUAUGAAAUAUUUAUAAUAAUUUGGUUUAUAUUUUCUUUGGGCUAUUUACUGAUGAUCAUGACAUUUAUAACAAGAGGAUUACAAAGUAAAAAAUUGGCAAAAUUGGAACAACAAUUGUCUACAAAUAUCAAAUCAACUCAAAAUCGUAUAUGGAAUGGUGUUACAAAAGAUGUUGGCUACUUACGUAGAAUAUUAAAUGAAUUAUAUAUAAUUAAAUUUAAGCCAGUUUAUACGGAACCUGAUGAAUCCUACCUUUUACAUCGUUCUAUAUCAUGUCCUGAACUUACAAUGUAUCGAGUAGAUCCACCACCAAUUAAUACACGUAAGCGUACAUUUUCAUUAUGUCAGACUGCUAUGGAAGAAAAUGCGAAUGGAAUUCAGUUUCAACAUACCGUAUCUGACUCAGAACUUGAUAAAUUUGAUAAACAAAAAUCAUUCGAAACUGCAGAAGCAUUUAGACAUACAACGGAAUUAUUGGCGAAAGUUGUUAAUGCAUUAGCUACUGUAAACCCGCCAGAAGAAGAUGCAACAAUUGGUUCUACAGAUAUGUACGGCGGUUAUCAUGGUUUUUCAGAUUCACAAAUUUUGGCUAGUGAAUGGUCAUUUACAAGUCAAAAUGAUGCACCAAAGCCGCGAGGUCGCGCUUGUUCUGAUUUCAAUAUCAAUCCGAAAUGGCAAACGCGUCGUCCAACGAGUAUACAACAUAACGAAUGGACAUGGAGUGGUGAUAAUGAUCAAAUACAAGAGGCAAUUAAUAAACGCUAUAUGCAACGGGAUCGACAAAAUAAUUUCGGUCAACCGUCAACAGAUUAUGUUGUCGACGUAGAGGACGACUUAAGAAUGAGGCCAAGAGUUAAAAAGUUUUCUGUGCCAGAUGGAUUGCGUAGAAUAUUUGCUUUUAAGAAACGGCCUUCACAGGAUUCUCUUGCUAUAUCAGCGGUUGGCGAAACUGGACAUCGUAAGUUCUCUAUUACAAGUGUGCCAGAGCAUCGUAUUCCACCAUUAGAUUAUUACAGCACUGUUACGGGUGACACCAGACCAACAUAUUACAACAAUGUUCCUCCAACUACUUCACAAAGUUCAGCAUUUAAUGGUUCUAGUGUAUUUCCAUCUGAUGCAACAAUUUCAGCUAAAUUACCACAUCUUGCUCCUAAUGGCAAUGCAGUAAGACGUGGCAGCACCUUAGAUGUGGAUCAAAUGACUUUAAAUUCAGGAAUCGCGCCAUCUUAUCAACGAAAUGUAUUGCCUGCUGCAAGAAAACGGCGAGAAUCUAUAUUCACACAAAAUCCAGCAAUAAAUACAAGACGCGCCAGUAUGUUCCCGUCUAGCAGUGCUGCGUUAUCUCAGCGACGAGUCAGCCUUGCCAGUAAUUCUACCAUACAGCCACGUAGGGGUAGUUUAUAUCCGAAUAGUGUUAAUUUACCAGGUACAUCAAAUGAACGUAGACCAAGUAUGUUUUCAGUUAAAUCUGAAAAAGAAUUGGAAGUGCUUGAAAAAACCACUAUUGCUGACUUAAUUCGAGCUCUUGAAGUUAUGCACACGCAAGCAGUAUUAGAUGAGGCGACAAGUAAUAAUAUAAACGAUGGUAAAAGAGACCCUAAACGACGAAAGUCAGUUUAUACCGAUUCCUCUGACUUGCCAGCUGUUUUAUCACUUUUUGGAGAUGACACAAAAACUCUUACCGCAACUGCAGCUAAUCGUCUAUAUGCACGUCGUUCGACAAUUGUGGGUACUUUGCCCAGUUCGUCAUUUAAUACGACCAAAAAUCAACAUAAGACAUCUCUUUCAUCAAUUCCCAGCAAUGUGCUCACACGUCGACGACCAUCUUCAGUACAAAUUGUAGAACCCCCACCAAGUUAUAGCGAAAAAGACACCAAUUUAUUAACUGCAUCACAAUCUGCUAAUCCAACUAGUUCAACAAAGUUUAAGAGGCGAUUUAGUAUAAGGCCUACAACAUUGCAAAUACCGCCUGGUAAAGCUCCGCCACCUGGAACAGAUGCAACUAGCACAUCGUCAGCACUUGCAUCAAGUGCUUCACAAAAUGCGUUACAAAAACGUUUAUCAUAUCGUCCAUCGCCUUUGGCACGUGAGCUAGCCAGUCCUACUAGUACAACAUCUACUGCAAGUAUUACUAGUACCACGCGACUACUACCACCAAAUACAUUAACCAGUCCGCGCCCUUCCAGUACACACUCUCCACUAUCACGUAUUGUGCAAAUUUCUCAAGCACAAAGAAAGAGUAGCAUGCCUGAUGGCUUUCAAAUGGAGCAACAAACCAAAAAAUCAGACAAUUAAAAGAAUGACAAAGAUCCACUUUUUAGACAAAUAAGUAUUGUUGAAUUAGGACAAUUUAAUCAGUAAGUUUUCAUUAUUAUAUGAAUAUAUACUAUUUAAAAUAUUAUAUGUAAUCCUAUUUGUUGCCAUUUGCCUGUUUAUUU